CAGAUAUGUAUAAGAUUGACGGAGUAAGAAAUGAAAGUGCAGGGCGUUGGAACCAUUUUCAACGGAAAUGGGGCAAUCACCAUCGCUAUCCGCUGUUGCCGUUCCUGCUGCACUCUAUACACUCGUUCAUUGCUGAAUAUCUCAGAUCACGCGCAGUGCGUCACGCCCAUGUCCCUAUCCUGUUUGUUUAACUUUCCCCCUUUUUUCUGUUUUGAGGCUGUGAUGAAAGCGACGGACUAAUAGUUAGUCGGAUUAAUUUAUUUGGAGAAUCUAGUAAUUUACUGAUACAUGGAAAACCAGAUAUGGUCUCGACUGGACGAGGCGAGAGAGGACCAACGGUUGUAACGGAAUGACGGAGGAGAUUAGUUAGAGGCCCGUUCUUCUACCCGGCGAUCCUGAUGUUCGACAACUGUACCAUUUAUCUUAGCAUGCGUUGUUGUCAAAUUUCAUUAAAAAGUAUAGAUUCAAAUUAAAAGCACGUUGAUACCGCAGCGUUUCUGGUUGUAUCACGUCAUGAUAAAGAGACAAAGUUGCAACUAUAUAGUUGAUAAAAUAAGGAAUCAAUUUUAUCUCUAGUAUAGAGGAGGCACGGCACUACUGUCUUAUCCGGUUUGUAUAUAGAUGAGUGAGAUAAGGUAAAAUGGGAUAUGAAACAGUGGUGGUGGAUGUUGGUGGGUGUCCACCUCUUGAGGUUGUUUUAGGCUCUUUUCGAUAUUGUUUUUCCAAUAUGGCAUUCAAGUUCCUAAAUCAUAGGGGGGGGACCAUUCUCAUCACAUUGAUUGGUAUUUGUUCAAUUCAGUUUUUCCUUUGUGCAGGGACCACUUCUCCUCUUUACUCUCUCCUUAAUUUUGUCUCAUUAUUUUACCUUUAAUAAUCACCAUUGUAAGAAGGAAUGUAGAUUAUUAAAUCAUGCAAUUUUUACCUUACAAAUGGACCACAUGCAUGUAGAGCCGCCCGAGCCGGACCGCGAUUGGUUUUGCUGUUUCUGGUCCCUGUUUGUUGUGGUCCACGAUCACAUUGACUCGACACAUCCGCUAUUAGGUGGCGUCGCUGUCUUCCUAAUUACUCUCACCUCCCUUUUGUUGACUGUUCAUCUUUUCUACUUUAUUCUUUUUACCACUCGUUUCGUAGUUUCUGUGCGGAAAAGAAUUACCCAACUAAAUCUAAAACUAUUAUUAUACCAUAUGAUUAAUUAGCUAGCAACCCCAACCACCUUUCUUUUUUCAAAUCUGUGAGUGAAAAUUUGUUUUUUCUUCUUCUAGUAAAAGACUCUAGCUUUCACUCUCGUAUUCGCACAUCUAGAGAUAUAGACAGAGAUAGAGCGCGCGCUGUUUCCAUUUCCUCUACACCAUCUCACUUUCAUCUUCUUCAUCAAAUCAAAUUCUCUCGAUUUGAUCGAAGAUGGACCAUUUAUCGCAAGAAAUGGCUCUCCGCCAUUUCGGCGACGAUCGUUUACCGGACAAUUCCUCUGUUCUCCGGAAUAUCCUCCCCGACGGUAAGCCGGCGACCGAGCACCACCACCGCCCCGCGAGCUGGCUGAACAGCGCUAUUCUCCGCCAGCCUAAUCACUUCCCCGACGCCAAUUUCCUGAAUCUGCAGACCUCAUCCUCGCCGGCCACCAGCAAUCAGUGGCUUUCCCGGUCAAUUCUGCAGCGGAAUAUGAGCGAGGUUUCCGGCGACUCGAUGCCGGCGGCGGAGUAUAACAAUAAUAGCAACGGCAGAAGCGAAGGAGAGGCGAACUGGCAACACAAGGCGGAGAUAUUGUCUCACCCGCUGUAUGAGCAGCUCCUGUCGGCGCACGUGGCAUGCCUGCGCAUCGCGACGCCGGUGGAUCAGCUGCCGAGGAUCGACGCACAGCUCGCGCAGUCGCAGCAAGUCUUCGAUAAAUACUCCGCCGCCGGCCAUGGCGCCGACGAUAAAGAGCUCGAUCAGUUCAUGACGCAUUAUGUGGUGCUGCUAUGUUCCUUCAAAGAUCAACUGCAGCAGCAUGUGCGUGUUCAUGCGAUGGAGGCGGUUAUGGCGUGCUGGGAGAUCGAGCAGUCCUUGCAAAGCGUAACUGGGGUUUCGCCUGGAGAAGGGACAGGGGCUACAAUGUCUGAUGACGACGACGAUGAGCAGGUUGAGAGUGAUGUAAACCUCUUUGAAGAUGACAAUGGCAACACCGGCUUCGGCCCUCUAAUUCCAACAGAGACCGAAAGAUCACUCAUGGAGCACGUGCGCCAAGAACUUAAGCAUGACCUCAAGAAUGGCUACAAGGACAAGAUUGUAGACAUUAGGGAGGAAAUUCUGCGCAAGAGACGUGCAGGAAAACUUCCUGGCGAUACAACCUCUGUGUUGAAAGCCUGGUGGCAAUCACAUUCUAAAUGGCCAUAUCCCACUGAAGUGGAUAAGGUGAAAUUGGUGGAAGAAACAGGUCUGCAGCUGAAGCAGAUAAAUAACUGGUUUAUCAAUCAAAGGAAGAGGAACUGGCACACCAAUGGCAAUGCUUCUUCUUCUUCUUCUUCCACUGCAUUGAAAUCCAAGCGCAAAAGGGUUUAAGAUGUGGAGAAUCAUGCGCAGUGCAAAGAGAUCAUUUUUACUACAGCUUCAUUAUUUUUUUUCCCUUUGGAAUUGGAAGCUUGGUUUUGGAUAUGCCUCUUUCUCUUAAAAAUACCAGUGUUAUUAAUCUCAAUAGCAGAUGUUUGUAAAGUGUAGACUUGUAGCAAUGCAAACUAGUUGCUAUUUUGUUUGUAUAUUUUGUAUUGGUCCAUACCAAGUAGCAGGUGAGGCUAGAUGCUCAGCAUGUCUAGUGUAAAAUGCAGCAGAUUAUUAAUUUAAAUGUGAUUAGUGUGGAUUGUGAUCGAUUGAUGCCUCAA